UAUAUAUAUAUGUAAUACAUAUAUCCUUUCUCUGAGCCAAGACCGAUUCGAGGAAGCAGCUGUGAUGGCAGACGAGCAGCCACCACCGCUGGGUUUCCGUUUCUACCCUACCGAAGAAGAGCUGGCAUCGUUCUUCUUGCGCAACCAGCUCGAUGGUCAAAACCAGGAUGACAUGCAUCGUGUUAUUCCAGUCCUCGACAUCUAUGAAAAAGAGCCAUGGGACCUCCCACAGCUAGCGGGGGACCGGUGCCAAGAAGAUACCGAGCAGUGGUUUUUCUUCGUGCCGAGGCAGAAAAGCGAAGCCAGAGGAGGGAGGCUUAAUAGGGGCACGCCUUUGGGAUACUGGAAGGCCACCGGGUCGCCAGGCUAUGUCUACUCAUCGGAUCACCGAGUGAUCGCGAUGAAGAAGUCAAUGGUUUUCUACUUAGGGAAAGCUCCUACGGGAAGGAAAACCAAAUGGAAGAUGAACGAGUAUAAAGCCAUUGAUAGAAUACCUCCCCAUCACCCAUCCCAUUCUCAAGCUGCCCACAGGUUGAGGCAUGAGUUCACUGUGUGCCGAGUGUACGUGGCAUCGGGAGCCUGCCGGGCAUUCGACCGCCGCCCGGUGGAGGCUACUCCCGGAGAGACACCUGCUGCUGUGCCCAACGCAUCAGAAGGGGAGGAGGGCGAACAUGUGCAGAACCCUGAAAGUUCGAGACAGGGAGAUCCUCCUAGUGGCUUCGAAGAAUUCCGGUGGGACUGGGAGCAGCUCGAAUGGCCCUAAAGUUCUUGUGACGCUAAGCAUGAAUCCACGUCCAACAUGGCUCUCCAAAGAGUUUAAUUGCAAGCAACAAAGGCCGAAGAUAUUUCUAAAUUUUCUUGUUAUUUUUCUGGAUUAGUCCUUUUUAGAAUAUUUAUGUUUUCAAUUGAUUUGGCUUUAAAUUCUUUAUCCAUGUUUGGAUUAUUAGGUGAUAAGUAAUGUCGGAAAGAUCGACCACGACCAGAU